AUGGCCUCUGAUAAUCUUACCACUCUUAAUUCUGUUCCACACCUAUCUCCUAUCAAAUUGUCAGCCGACAAUUAUUUAGUUUGGCGUAAUCAUAUGACCAUCCUUGUUGGUCUCCAUCAGUUAUCGCCCCACAUUGAUGGUUCGUCCUCUUCACCAUCCGAAACCAUUAAGUCCGAUGAUAAAGAUAUCCCCAAUCCCAAAUAUCAUUCCUGGCUCCAAAAUGAUCGCAAGGCAUCGCUGCUUCUCCUCUCCGCCUUAACUGAAGAAGCCGCCGCUGAAGUUCUCGGCUUAACAACCGCGAGACAGAUUUGGUGUGCUCUCGAAGCGGCGUAUAGCAAUGCCUCCGUGGAACGGGUUCAGUCCCUUCGGGACUCUCUUCGCCAACUGUCCAAAGGUACAUCUCCUGUUACGGUUUUCGCACGUCGUUUCAAACUUAUUUGUGAACAGCUUGCGGCUAUUGGUCACCCUGUUGCUGACAUUGAUAAACUUCAUUGGUUUUUAUGCGGACUUGGUCCCUCCUAUGAGGUCUUCUCUACAGCCUUACGGGCCACGAAACCGGCUCCAUUGUUUCGUGAUCUUGUCGCUCAGGCAGAGAGCCAUGAACUGUUUCUUCAGUCAAUUCAUGGUUCUGUCACACCCCCUGCUGCGUUUCAUGCUCAGCAACAGCGUGAAUCUUCAACGUCUAGCAGAGGUCGUGGUUCUCAUCGUGGAAAUUCUUCUCGCGGUUCUUAUGGCAGGGGCCGUGGCAACACGCGUCGCCCUCCUUACUGUCAGCUUUGCCGUACCAACGGUCAUUAUGCUUCUGCAUGUCCAAAUCUGCACACCUUUGCUAGUCAAGCCCCAACUUCUGAUGAGUCCUUAGCUAAAGCCUUUCAUGCUAAGUGUCAUGGUACCGAUGAUUCUCCUGAUUGGACGGGCGAUUCGGGCGCCACUGAUCAUAUGACUCCUACCAAGGAAUGUCUUCAUCACUCGGCUCCCUACAAAGGUAAUAACAAGGUUAUUAUUGGUGAUGGAAAGCAUCUUCCAAUCACUCACACAGGAACUCACAACCUGUGCAAUAAUAUUCAUCUUCGGAACGAUCGGAAAACUAAACAGGUUCUUGCUCGUGGGUCAUGCAUUGAUGGACUUUAUGUGCUCAAGAAUGGACCACAAGCCCUUGUUGCUGAUGUCUCAAAUAAAGCGUCUUAUGAACUUUGGCAUGCUCGUUUAGGGCAUAUUUCAUUUGAUGUUAUUUCAAAGUUGAACAAAUGUGGUGUUUUGAAUGUUACUUCUUUAUUACCUAAACCGGAUAUUUGCACUUCGUGCCAACUUGCAAAAGGACAUCGUUUGUCUUUUAAUUUGAAUGAAAAACGUGCUUUAUUUCCUUUGGAUUUAGUCCAUUGUGAUUUGUGGGGUCCUGCACCUAUGACUUCGCCUGAAGGGUUUCGUUACUAUGUUAUUUUUAUUGAUGAUUUUUCCAGAUUCACGUGGUUUUAUCCGCUCAAGACAAAAACAGGUUUCUAUGCGGUUCUAUCCGCUUUUAUUAAACUUGUCCAAAAUCAAUGCUCGCGGAAAAUAAAAACCUUUCAAAGCGAUGGAGGCACCGAAUUUGUAAACCAUACGGUUCAAAAAAUCAUUGAAGAAAAUGGAACCUUCCACCGGUAUUCUUGUCCAUACACGCCUCAACAAAAUGGGCGUGCCGAAAGGAAACAUCGCCAUAUUGUCGAAACAGGACUUGCUAUGCUAUUCAAUGCUCAUGUUCCCGCUCAAUAUUGGGUUGACGCCUUUACUUCGGCUACAUACAUCAUUAAUCGUGUGCCAUCACCGCUCCUUGAUCACAAAUCGCCAUUUGAGCUUUUGUUUGGACAUGUACCAAAUUAUUCAAAUUUUCGGGUCUAUGGUUGCCAAGUUUUCCCCUAUCUUCGCGAUUAUGCAAAGCAUAAACUAGAACCACGGAGUCUUCCAUGUAUCUUUAUGGGUUAUAGUCCCUCUCAUAAAGGUUUUCGGUGCUUGGAACCUUCCACAAAUCGGAUAUUCAUCUCGCGGCAUGCCAGAUUUAAUGAGUCUCUAUAUCCCUUUGCCAACCAAAAUGUCAACAUGGAUUCCUAA